AUGUCAAAUCUCAACAAGCUUGACUUUGUCGCUUUGGAAGUUUCCGGAAGGAACUAUCUCAAGUGGACCCAAGAUGUCAAGCUUCAUCUGACUGCAAAUAAGAUGAGAUCAACGAUUAUUGCUGACAACAUCACCCCUGAAGACAUGAAGGCAAGGGCUAUGAUUUUCAUCAGGAAACAUAUGGAAGAAGCACUCAAGGUGGAAUAUUUAGCUGAAGAGGACCCACGAUCUCUUUGGGUCGCUCUAGAAGAGCGAUUCAACCAUCAAAGAGCCAUCUACUUGCCGGAAGCAAGACACGAUUGGCAGAACAUACGCUUCCAGGAUUUCAAGACUGUCAAUGAGUAUAACUCUGAAAUCUGCCGGAUUCGGUCACUCCUAAAAUUCUGUGGAGAAGAGCUCACAGAAGCUGACCUACUGGAGAAAACUUUCUCCACCUUCCCUCCUUCCUGUAUGGUCCUGCAGCAACAAUACAGGGAAAGAAACUUUGCUAGAUUCUCUGAAUUAAUCACCAUCCUGUUGCUCGCUGAAAAGAACAACAACCUACUUUUGAGGAAUGAUCAAGCAAGGCCUACCGGUACUAGAGCAAUUCCUUUGCCUGAAGCAAAUAUUAUUGCCCAUCACGAAAAUAAUCGUGGAAGGAGGAACCGGGGCCGUGGAAGGGGAAGAAGGUCUGAACGUCCAAGGCAUGGACGAAGAAAUGGACCCAGAAAUGGCCCAUAUGACCGCGACCACCCAGGCAAUGGCCCAAGGGGUCGAGGAGGACGUGGACAAGGCCCACGUGGUGGAAACCGAAAUGCCCAAGUCCGACAGGCUCAAAUUAGAGAGAACCCUGGUCCGGCCCGUCGCCCUCAAAAUCAGCAUAAUCUAUGUUAUAGAUGUGGAGGCACUGACCAUUGGUCCCGCACCUGUCGUGCAACAGAUGAAGAGAUAGGAGAGUAUCACGCCAGACGCGGAACUCAAGAGGCCAACCUUGUGGAAGAGUCAGUCCCUAUGGAUACCACCUUGGAGAUUACUGAUUUCCAAGCAGCUAUGGAUACCACCUUGGAGAUUACUGAUUUCCCUAUGGAUACCACCUUGGAAAUUACUGAUUUCCAAGCAGCUAAUGGAUACAUCGAGGAUUGA